AUGGCUCCAGUUGGUGGUGGUGCCGGCGACUUUGAGGUGGCCGCUCUGGCUCGCCGUCAAGCGCUCGCAGGUGCAUCGGGACCCAUGGCCCUGGUCAAAAACGCCAGAGUAUUUGGUAUCGCAUGCUUUGCCUGCCUGGGUGGACUGUUGUAUGGUUACAACCAGGGUGUCUUCUCCGGUGUUCUGACCAUGCCUUCCUUCAAGGAACAUAUGGGCGACUACAUCGCGGAUCAAGAAACACUCGAAUGGAACUCAUCCAAGCAGGGCUGGCUCGUAUCCAUCCUCGAACUCGGUGCCUGGUUCGGAACAAUGUACUCUGGAUUCAUCGCUGAGAUCCUCUCCCGUAAAUACGCCAUCCUCGUCAGCGUCGCCGUCUUCAUGGUCGGUGUCGUCGUUCAAUGCACUGCUUCCGCCGGUCAAGGCCACAAUGCAAUUCUCGGUGGCCGAUUCGUUACGGGUAUGGGUGUCGGUGCCUUGUCCAUGAUCGUCCCCAUGUACAACGCCGAGAUCGCACCUCCCGAGGUACGAGGUGCGCUUGUGGGUCUUCAGCAAUUGAGCAUUACCCUGGGUAUCAUGAUCAGUUUCUGGAUCGACUACGGCACCAACUACAUCGGUGGCACCGGGAGAGACGGACAGAAGGAAGCUGCUUGGCUUCUCCCUCUCGCUCUGCAACUGGCUCCCGCUGUGCUGCUCGGUGCUGGUAUGAUCUUCAUGCCUUUCUCUCCCCGUUGGCUUGUCCAUCACGGCCGUGAGGCAGAGGCGCGCCGUGUACUCGCCAACCUUCGUAGCCUCCCCCAGGAGCACGAACUCAUCGAGCUUGAGUACGCCGAGAUCCGCGCCCAAAGUCUCUUCGAGAAGAAGUCUCUGGCCGAGCGAUUCCCCCAUCUCCAGGACAUGAGCGCGUUGUCGGUCUUCAAGCUGCAAUUCGUCGCUAUUGGUAGUCUCUUUACUACUAGAGGCAUGUUCAAGCGUGUCCUGAUCUCCACUCUCACCAUGUUCUUCCAACAAUGGACGGGUAUCAACGCCAUUCUAUACUAUGCUCCAAGCAUCUUCCAAGACCUUGGGCUAUCGGGCAACUCGAUCAACCUUCUCGCCACAGGCGUUGUUGGUAUUGUCAUGUUCCUCGCAACAAUUCCUGCGGUCAUGUACGUCGACAAACUGGGUCGUAAGCCCGUACUCGUCAGCGGUGCCAUCGGCAUGGCAGCCUGCCACUUCAUCAUCGCCGGUAUCUCUGCCAGCUACGAGGACAGCUGGGCCAGCCACCAGGGUGCUGGUUGGGCUGCCUGUGUCUUCGUGUGGCUCUUUGUCAUCUUCUUCGGCUACUCAUGGGGUCCAUGUGCUUGGAUUGUCAUCGCGGAGAUCUGGCCCAUGUCUAAUCGUCCAUAUGGUAUUGCGCUUGGUGCUUCGUCCAACUGGAUGAACAACUUCAUUGUCGGUCAAGUCACCCCGGACAUGCUUACGCAUCUUCGCUAUGGCACCUAUAUCUUCUUCGGUAUCUUCACUGCUAUGGGCGCUGCGUUUAUCUUCUUCUUCUUCCCGGAGACCAAGGGUGUUUCUCUCGAAGAAAUGGACACCCUCUUUGGCUCCGCCGGUACCGCAGAGCGCGAGAAAGAGCGCUGGGCCGAGGUUCACCGCGAAGUCGGACUUACCGACCUCCUCGCGCGCUCUGGCCUUGUGCAUGACGACGGUGUCGCCGAUUUCCACAAGAGUAGCAUGGAGAAGGAGAAGCCAGAGGUUCUGGAGCAGGCAUAA